UUCUUCGACUGUUGCAGCCUCUGCGACCGCUGCUCCGUCGGUUUCCGUCACGCCUGCUCCGUCGGCCUCGGGAACUGACUCUGCAACGCCUUCCGCGACUGCAUCGUCCUCGUCCGUCAAUUGUGGUCUUCUUGGAAACCUCCUCGAUCCAGCAUGCCAGACGAGCGCAGCGGCUUCGUCCAGUGCUGCAGCCUCGGCUACGUCUGCCCAAGCGCCUUCCACCACGCCCGCCCCGUCAGCCUCCGCAACCGAUUCCGCGACUCCAUCCGCCAGCGCGUCGUCUUCUAUCGACUGUGGCCUCCUUGGAAAUCUCCUCAAUCCCGCGUGUCAGACGAGCGCGUCAGCUUCGUCUAGUGCUGCAACAUCUGCGACUUCCGUUCCCGCGGCUUCUACCACGUCCGCCACGUUGGCGUCUGGAACCGAUUCGGCAACGCCUUCUCCCAGUGCAUCGUCUUCGUCGAUCGACUGUGGCCUGAUUGGAAGUCUUCUCAACCCGGCUUGCCAAUCGAGCGGAUCCGUUUCGGCCACGGCGUCUGCGUCAACGACAUCCGCUAGUGGAAUCAUUCCUAGUUUGACCAGUAUCCUUUCCAUCACUGACACCUCGUCCUUACCUAUUUCCACCUCAUUUUCGCUUUCGGUCACAGGAACAAGCACGGUCUCUGAUCCAAUCACCACUUCCCUCACUGGAUCCUCUACGUCUUUCACGACGAGUGAUGUCAUUAGUACUAUCAAUGGUACUUUUACAACAACGAACUCUGUCAGCGCAACGGGUUCGACAUCUGCAUCUGUUACUGGCUCUGCCAAUAUCACUGCCUCUGGUACAAUCACUGCUUCUAGUUCCAUUACGACCAGUGCAAACAGCAGCUCUGUCAUCAUCUCGUUCCCUACAGGCCUCAACAGUUCCAGCAUCACGGAGACAUUCAGUUCGCUCUCGACCUUGUCCUCUGCUACGACCACGUUCACUCCUCCGCCACAGCAGUCGCAGUUCUCUUACCUGACGGACUCGACGCUCCUUUACACGUCU